AUGGAUCACAAAAAUGAUGAGCCUGAGGAUGCUGACGUAUUUAAGCCUAAAUCGUCAAUUUUUCGCACUCCUAAAUGGAGCCGAGAGCCGGAACAGAAACGAGCGGAAAUGAUGAUACUAGUUAGGGAAAUGGAAAACAUUGGUAAACGGCAAUGCUAUCAAUAUCAGAGUAUCAUGAAUGAGGAACUAAUACAGAACUUUUUUGAGGAAAUUGACAGUAUAAACAAAGUUGUUGAUAAAGAUCUGACAAAAAACCCAUUUAGCAUGCAAGAUAAGACAUCUGUUAUGUAUGCAAGCAUAAAUCUACAUAAAUCAUUGACUCGAGUAGUGUAUAAAGUCAGUCAGCUUGAAAAAGAAAAUUUAGCAUUAACAGCUAAAGUAGAAGAGACAAAACUAAGACACUAUGAACUGUCUGGUGGAGCAACGGUAAGCUCAACUGAGAUUCAGGUAACCAAGCAACAGUAA